CGUCAAGAUCGGUGCCCCAUGGAAUCGCACGUCAAUGAAGCCGUCUCUGACAGAGAAACCGGUGACGUAAAGUACUCUGACCUCAGAGAGGAGGACGACAAGUCUCAACCUCACACGGGCGACGGUGCCAGCGCUGGAAAAAUAUUUAUAGGGGGUUUAGCGCGAGAGACAACUGAUGCGCAAUUUGUCAAGCAUUUUGGUAGAUACGGUGAUAUUAUUGAUUCUGUGAUAAUGAAGGAUCGUAAGACAGGGCAACCCCGUGGAUUCGGGUUUGUGACUUAUGCAGACCCCUCUGUGGUUGAUAAAGUCAUUGACGACACUCAUAUUAUUAAUGGGAAACAAGUGGAAAUUAAGCGUACUAUUCCAAAGGGUGCUAUUGGCUCUAAGGAUUUCAAGACUAAGAAGAUUUUUGUCGGGGGGAUCCCUACAACCAUGAAUGAAGAUGAGUUCAGGGACUUCUUUACACAAUAUGGAGAGGUCAAGGAACACCAAAUCAUGCGGGACCAUUCCACUAGCCGUUCUCGUGGAUUUGGAUUUAUUACUUUUGACACGGAGCAAGCUGUUGAUGAUCUAUUGUCCAGGGGUAACAGAUUGGAAAUGGCAGGAGCUCAGGUGGAGAUCAAGAAGGCAGAGCCAAAGAAGCCAAACCCGCCACCUGCACCAUCCAGGCGUUAUAAUGAUUCAAGGUCCACAUUUGGUGGUGGGUUCAGGGAUGGAUAUGGUGGAUUAGGAGAAGGUAGCUUUAGUGGUGGUGGUGGUGGUUAUAGGUCUGGUGGGCCUUAUGGUGGCAGGGGGAGUGCUUAUGGUGGGUACGGCGGAAGUGAAUUUGGUGGUUAUGGAGGAUAUGGUGUUGGUGGUGGAAUGGCAUCUUACAGGGAAGAUUCCUACCUUGGAUACUCAGGUCGUUAUGGAGGAGGCUUUAGCAGAGGUUAUGAUCUAGGAGGUGGUUAUGGUGGACCUGGUGAUAGUUAUGGGGGAUAUGGUGGUGGCGGUGGUGCUGCUGGUGGCUAUGGGAGUAGCUAUGAUGGCAGCCUUGGCAGUGGAUAUGGAGGUGGUAGUGGUGGCUCCUUCUAUGGGAGCAGAGGGGGCUAUGGUGGUGCAGGGAGUGGGCGAUAUCAUCCUUAUGCAAGAUAGAAAUGCCGUCCAAGGAAGAAUUCUUAGGAUUAUAAUUGUAACUGGCAGAUGCUAAGUUGUCUCACUUUGUAGCAUUGAAUCUCAAGUUUGUUGGCAUAUGUUUUCAGAAUUAUUCUAUUUUGUCAAGGAGGUGCUGGGAAACUUUUUCUUCUUCAUUUGAAUGUUUUGCCCUUUCUGUACUUGGGAGUACAAUAUAUAAAUGAUUUUUAAUUUGAACUGUCA